CCAUCACUCGUCAUAAUCGAGAAAUCUUUCGAGGAGUCAAGACUCAAAAAAACGCGCUCCAGAGAGGAAACGGAAAUCUUUCAGAUUUAAAGUUGGAUAAGUCUUUAAGUCUCUAAAACUUUAGAUAUGCAGUAUGCAGUGACUUAUGUUCCUGUCCUGGUGAAUAUGGCAGCAGGUUCUCCAGAUGAACAAAAUAUGCAGUAUGCAAUGACUUACGUUCCUGCCCUCGUCGACGUGACUGCGAGUUCUACAGAUGAUCAAAAUAUGAAUCACCACAGUGCUUCUCUACAUGCGGUGCCUCCUCAGGAGCACUCGAUCUAUCCCACAGGUCUCAAUGCCUCCAACCCUGGACCUACUCCUGAAGAGUUUUAUUCAGCAUAUGCUGCAGGGAUUCCAUGUAGUACUGAUCAGACCAUGUACAACCCGUCGUCAUACUCAAUGGUCUCUCCACUGCAACCUGCACCUGCCAAGAGGAAGAUGAAAGCAAUCCGUGUCCGAGACCCCAACCAGGGCAUGAAGGAUAUAACAGAAGAGAUUAUAUUAGAAGUUGGCAGGAUUCGGAACCUCUUUCAGCAAGUGGAGCAACCAUCCUCCAUCUAUACUCCUCUACAGCAGUAUGCAUUGACUUACGGUCCUGCCCUCCUCGACGUGACUGCGAGUUCUACAGAUGAUCAAAAUAUGAAUCACCACAGUGCUUCUCUACAUGCGGUGCCUCUUCAGGAGCACUCGGUCUAUCCCACAGGUCUCAAUGCCUUUAACCCUGGACCUACUCCUGAAGAGUUUUAUUCAGCAUAUGCUGCAGGGAUUCCAUGUAGUACUGAUCAGACCAUGUUCAACCAGUUGUCAUACUCAAUGGUCUCUCCACUGCAACCCGCACCUGCCAAGAGGAAGAUGAAAGCAAUGCGUGUCCGAGAUCCCAACCAGGGCAUGAAGGAUCUCACAGAAGAGAUUAUAUUGGAAGUUGGCAGGAUUCAGAACACCUUUCAGCAAGUGGAGCAACCAUCCUCCAUCUAUACUCCUCCACAGCAGCCGAACCAAGUAGUGGAACAAGAGCACGUCAUCUAUAAUGUGGACAAAGCCCAGGUCCUCCCUGCUUCUCCCCACUGGAAACCAGAUGACAGGCCAACGCUUGAGGGAUAUGCAUUAAAAUGUACUGCUUUAGAUGCAGCAGAAAGGCCAAUCUCUCUACUUGAUAAGUCUCUAGAAGCUAUCGAUGGGCCGUCCGAAACCGACGCAGCUCCUCGUCACAACAACUCUAAAUUGCUCAGAGAGAAUGAACCCAAGCACAGCUGUAAGAAUGAAAGCAACGAUGGAGUCCUUACACCAGCAGAAGGGCCCAACAGCGCCACAGUUGCACAGUUGGAGAAUUGGAGCAAACAAUACAGUAGAGACUUUAUUUUGAGUCUCCAGUUCAAGCCUGCCUCUAUGCAGAAGCCAGAGGGGCUUCCACCUGUAAAAGAUGUUAUAUUGGACAAGGUGAAGCCAGAGCCAGUUGAAGAGAAUGAAAAGCAGGAAGCUGAGUUUGUAAAGAAGGAACCCAAGCACAGCUGUGAGAAUGAAAGCAUCAAUGGAGUCCUUACACCAGCAGAAGGGCCCAACAGCGCCACAGUUGCACAGUUGGAGAAUAGGAGGAUACAAUACAGUAAAGACUUUAUUUUGAGCCUCCAGUUUAAACCUGCCUCUAUGCAGAAGCCAGAGGGGCUUCCACCUGUAAAAGAUAUUAUAUUGGACAAGGAACUGACUGCAAGUCUGAGGCAGCCUCUACCCUGUAAGAUCUUCAGGAUUGUGCCUAUGAAUGAAGAGGUAGAGUUGAAGAAGGCUGAGAAUGCCUGGAAGCCUUGCAUGAAAAGAAGGAAUUCCACAGAGGACCCCGAAACCCAGAAAACUGAGGAGCUUUUCCGGACGGUGCGCAGUAUCCUCAACAAACUGACGCCGGAGAUGUUCAAUCAGCUGAUGAAGCAGUUGAAAGAGCUCCACAUCGACACAGAGGAGCGACUUAAGGGUGUCGUCAACCUGAUAUUUGAGAAAGCCAUUGAUGAGCCCAACUUCUCCAUGGGGUACGGGAUCAUGUGUAAAUCUCUGGCUGCAAUAGAUGUGCCCAUGGCAAACAAACCCCACAGCAAUGUGAACUUUCGAACGCUGCUCCUUCACCGCUGUCAGAAAGAAUUUGAUAAGGACAAAACGAGCAACGAUGUCCUUGAUAAAAAACAGCAGGAACUGGAAGCAGCUGUUUCAGCCAGUGAACGUGAGCGGCUUCAGGACGAGCUGGAGGAGGCAAAAAACCAAGCUUGCCGAAAAACUAAGGGCAACAUGAAGUUCAUCGGGCAGCUGUUUAAGUUGCGGAUGUUGACGGAGUCAAUCAUUCAUAACUGCGUGGUGAAACUGCUGAAGAGAAAUGACGAGGGAAGUCUCGAGUGCCUCUCAAUUCUCCUCACGACCGCCGGCAAAGAGAUAGACUUGGAGAUGGGGAAGUCACGAAUGGAUCAGUACAUUAAGCAGAUUGAAAAAAUAAUAAAUGAGAGAAAAACCUCGUCACGCAUUCGUUUCAUGCUCCAGGAUGUAAUUGACCUGCGUCUGAACAACUGGGUAUCAAAGAAAGCUGAAAAAGGCCCGAAGACCAUUGAGCAGAUCCACAAGGAUGCUCAAUUUGAGGAGCUGGAAGAGCAAUUAAAAGUUCACAAGCAGCUUAAGUCCAAAGGCAAAAGGAGACCAGUAAUUCUAAAAGACAGCACUGUGCUUGCUCCUGCCAAGAAAGAUACAAUAGACCCCAACAAGAUCCCUAAAAUGAACAAGCUGGCAAACAACGAUGCUAUAUAUUUGGGAUCGAAUUGGGACCGACGAGGACAGCGGAACUGGAAGAAAGGCUGCAAUGGAGGAAAUGGAGACAAAGCAAGCAUACCAGUAAAACUCAACACAGUGGAGGACUCGACUACAAACAAGCCUGCGCUAUCAGAGGAAGAAAUGGAGAAACAGUCCAAAUCCAUUAUCGAAGAGUAUUUGCAUGCAAAUGAUUACAAGGAGGCCUUGCAUUGCGUGAAGGAACUGGACCAGGGCAGGAUGCUGUACCUUUUUGUUCGGGUGGGUGUGGAGACCACGCUGGAGCGAAAGCAGAUCACACGUGACCAAAUGGGUCAUCUAUUCCAUCGGCUGCUGCAGGCUGGGAUCCUCUCCGCAUCUCAGUUUUUUAAAGGGUUCUCAGAAACCCUCGAGGUAGCAGAAGAUUUGGCCACUGACAUUCCUUAUAUCUGGCGUUACAUAGCGGAGCUCGUUCAUCCUGUGCUCCAGGAAGGAGGAAUCUCUUUGAGAGAAUUAUUUUGUGAAUUCAACAAACCGUUGCUCACUGUGGCAAGAGCUGGCAUAUUAUUUUCAGAAAUAUUGCACCUUCUUUGCAAACAAAUGAGCCAGAAAGAAGUGGGGGACUUAUGGAGGGACUCUAAAUUGAACUGGGCUGAUUUUCUUCCUGAAACUGUGGAUGUGAACAACUUUAUUAUGAAGCAGAAACUGGACUUCACCAUUUCUGAUUGCUCCUAAAGGAAAG